AUGUCGGUCCUCAGGUCUUGCAAUGUCUUGCGGGGCUUCCAUUGUUUUUGUUUAGGACAGAAGCCCAGGUCAUGGAUUUGGGCUUUGCAGGACGCCGCCUGGGGGGGGGGGGCGGCUCGGGGCCGUGUGCUGUGGACACAUGCAGGAGCCGGAGCCCUGCCUCGGUGUCUCUGGCGUCGCGGUGCCAAAGAAGGCAUCGGCGCGACCGCGUGCGGCUCGCGCGAGAGGCGCGAGGAGUCGCUCUUUCCCCCGCCACGGCGUGCCCCCUGGCGUGCCCCCUCGCUGCGGCCCUGGCCCUGGCCCUGGGCGGCACUCGUCCCACUCUCCGUGGCCGGCGGCGCCGGCCGCGCUCGUCGGCUCUCCAAGGCUGGCCUUUCGCUUUCGCUUUCGCCAUCCUGGGGUGGCCCGGCACAGGUCACAGACUUCGUGGGAGUUACACGGCGCAGAAUCCGUGCUGCGGCGAGGCUGCACAAAGCUUCACGGCGUGCCGCAGACGCGUCGGACGAGGGCGAAGUUGAGUCAACCGAUAUGAGUUUCCUCCAGAAGCUCAUUCAGAAGCAGAGGGAGGCAACAGAGAUAGGCAUAUGUACCGAAGACUGGCAUCCGGAUUUGUUUGAUGAUGUCCCUGAAGGUUACCGGGAUGCUCUCGAGGCCGGAAUUGACUUGGUAGACGUGCUCGCCAACGGCAAUGCUUUGAAGCUUUUGGCAUCCACGCCUCCAAACAAAUCCACACCUCGAUUCUCAGUUCGAGUUGCGCCCAAACCGACAUUGGGCUUGGGCUAUAUGGUCCACAGAAGCGUGGUGCAGCACUAUACGGUUCUCAGCCCGCUUCAGCAAACCAUGAAGAGGCUGAAUGUCGGGGAGAUCGAGACCUUGACCAUACACAGCCUGGGUCAAGGACGAAUGCAUUUUCCCUUCUGGGUCUACGAUGCCGUUGUAGAGGCCUACCAGCCCGGGACUCGGCGCUCCGCAUCACGAGGCAUCCCCAGGCCACCCAGCGCUUCUGCUCUUUGCCUCUGA